AUGGAGCGCGCCGCGUCGGCCCCAAGGCCGCAGCCCCCUGAUGAGAUAGCUGAGCUGGCGACUCUGUACCCGCCCGACCAGUGGCUCGAGGCUGGCAGCACCGUGCCCGUCCAGCUGGCAAAGCUUAAUGAGGAGACUCGCUGCCCCAUCUGCUUCGGCAAGAUCAAGGCCGCGCGCGUCUCGAUGGUCUGCCUCCACCGCUUCUGCUCGGCCUGCAUCGAGCAGUUCCUCCGGAACCAGCCCCAGGUGGAGGGCAAGGAGAAGAAGGACCAGGGCAAGGAGUGCCCCGUCUGCCGCGCACACCUCGGCAGCCGGCGCGCAGUCAAGCCGGAUCCCGUGUUUGACCGGAUCAUCGCGGCGCUGUAUGGAGACGUGGAGGCUUACGAGAGCCAGGAGGAGGAGCAGAUCGCCGCCAGCACCGCCAAGCAUGCGCGCGAGUGGUCCGAGCAGCUCGCGCGCCUGCGGGAGGCGCAGGCCGCUGCGCGCGCGGCCGGCGGCGGGACGCCUCUGCACUUGGGGGCCGCGCUGAUGGGCGCCUCGAAGCGCGGGCUGCCGGACCCGACGGCGAUCAAGUGGGGCGCCAAGCGCAUUCGCAGCACCCCUCCAACAGAGGGUGACGUGGCGGCAGCGGCGGCGGAAGUGGGGGGUCGGGUGCCCGCCAGCGUGCAGGGCCGCGGGCGGGGGCACAGGCACGGAGGGGCAGCGGCAGAGGAGCUCCCGCAGGCAGGGGGCCCAACAGUGCCGCCUGAAAUGGGGCAGCAGCAGGAGCAGCAGCUGGAGCAGCAGCUGGAGCAGCAGCUGGAGCAGCAGCAGAAGCAGCAGGAGGGGGAGCAGCGGGAGCAGCAGGAGGGGGAGCAGCAUCAGGGGGAGAAGCGGCAGGGGGAGCAGCGGAAGCAGCAGCAGGAGCAGCAGCAGCAGCGGGAGGAGGAGCGACUGGAGGCAGGCGCAGGCGACGCAGCAGGCGGAGCCCUGGAGAGUGCCGCCAACGGCGGCCACGGCCGCGGGCGGGGCCGAGGCCGAGGCCGGGGCCGGGGCCGGGGCCGCGGGCGAGGGCGCGGCGCGGUAGGCGCCACAGCAGCCGGCAAAGCGCCGGCUGCGACGCGGUAA